GGCGUUGCCAGAUCGAUAGACACAGCAAUGGUGCGCAUAAAAAACAGAUAUAUAGCGGUGCAGAUUGUACCCUAUACACCGACGAGUUCACUCCAUCUCAAGGACCACAGCCUGGCCAAAAUUCUGUUGCAAAAUGUGGAGAAAUACCAUGGGGUCUACGGUCUCGGAAUGAUCGAGCAGGGUUUCCGGGUGAAAUACAUCAAUGAUCGGACCAAAAUAGCCAUAAUACGAUGCCUGCAUCGUGGUCAGCGCUUUGUGUCCAGCAUAUUGCCCUUAAUAACAUUGAUUGGAGAUGUUCGAGCAAAGUUUAGGACCCUCUAUAUAGGUGCCACCAUUAUCCAAUGCAACAAGUUCAUAGUGAAGCACCAAAAACAGUUCCUGGACCGCGCUAUGGGUCAAAUAACUUCCGCCAAGGAGCGACAGGAUCUCUUCAAGCGCGUAAUGGAGUUCGACAUGGACAGAUAGCAUACAUAAUUCGUUUAUCGUAUAAUUAAGUAAUUAUAGUACACAGUUUUCUUGUAGAAAACCGUACUCUCAAUUCGACUAAAAUGUA